GGUUGUUGCCUAGUGAUGCUGUGCUAUAAAGCAGCUUAGCUGCACUUGUAACUGACACAACAUCCCCAGCCACUCAUCUCAAGUGAACGAGGGACUCCUACAAGCAACGAAAACAUGCGUGAAUGUAUCUCCGUCCAUGUUGGCCAAGCUGGAGCUCAGAUAGGCAAUGCAUGCUGGGAGCUCUACUGCCUGGAGCACGGCAUCCAGCCGGACGGUCAGAUGCCGAGCGACAAGACCAUCGGAGGAGGAGACGACUCCUUCAACACCUUCUUCAGUGAGACUGGAGCUGGCAAACAUGUUCCCAGAGCCGUGUUUGUGGACCUGGAGCCGACAGUCAUAGAUGAAGUCCGUACAGGAACCUACCGCCAGCUCUUCCAUCCUGAGCAGCUGAUCACUGGAAAAGAAGAUGCCGCCAACAACUACGCCCGCGGUCACUACACCAUCGGCAAGGAGAUCAUCGACCUGGUUCUUGACAGGAUUCGCAAACUGGCUGACCAGUGCACGGGGCUCCAAGGUUUCCUCAUCUUCCACUCCUUUGGAGGAGGAACCGGCUCUGGCUUCACCUCCCUGCUGAUGGAGCGUCUCUCUGUCGACUACGGCAAAAAGUCCAAACUGGAGUUUGCCAUUUAUCCCGCUCCUCAAGUGUCCACAGCUGUGGUGGAGCCCUACAACUCCAUCCUGACCACCCACACCACCCUGGAGCACUCUGACUGCGCAUUCAUGGUGGACAACGAGGCCAUCUACGACAUCUGCCGCAGAAACCUCGACAUCGAGCGGCCCACCUACACCAACCUCAACAGGCUGAUUGGACAGAUCGUCUCCUCCAUCACCGCCUCCCUGCGCUUUGAUGGGGCCUUGAACGUGGAUCUGACUGAGUUCCAGACCAACCUGGUGCCCUACCCUCGUAUCCACUUCCCUCUGGCCACCUACGCCCCAGUUAUCUCUGCAGAGAAGGCCUACCAUGAGCAGCUGUCAGUAGCAGAAAUCACCAACGCCUGCUUCGAGCCAGCCAAUCAGAUGGUGAAAUGUGACCCCCGCCACGGCAAGUACAUGGCCUGCUGCCUCCUAUACCGUGGUGAUGUGGUGCCAAAAGAUGUCAACUCUGCCAUCGCCACCAUCAAAACAAAGCGCACUAUCCAGUUUGUGGACUGGUGUCCCACAGGCUUCAAGGUUGGCAUCAACUACCAGCCACCCACUGUGGUUCCUGGAGGAGACCUGGCCAAGGUGCAGAGGGCCGUGUGCAUGCUGAGCAACACCACCGCCAUCGCAGAGGCCUGGGCUCGCCUCGACCACAAGUUCGACCUGAUGUACGCCAAGAGGGCCUUCGUCCACUGGUAUGUUGGAGAGGGAAUGGAGGAGGGGGAGUUCUCAGAGGCCAGAGAGGACAUGGCUGCCCUGGAGAAGGAUUACGAAGAGGUGGGCACUGACAGUGUUGGGGACGAAGGAGAGGAAGAGGGUGAGGAAUAUUAAGUUUAAAAUAAACAAAUAAAACCAAAUAUAUUUCGAGACAAAUUCAUGAUUGUCUAGAUGGUAUCUAGAUGGUAACCCUAGAUUUGCAAAACUUUCGCGAGAUGGUUAUGGUCAGGCAUUGAAAUCAAGAGGUUAAGAUAAGGCAUUGACCUUGAAUGCUUAAAGUCAGGCUUGGACUUUGAAUGGUUAAGUUAGGCUAAGAACUCAAAUGGUUAAGGUAAAGCAUUGACUAUUAAUGGGAAAGGUUAGGAUAGGUAGUCGGACAUCAAAGUCUUGAGAGAGUUUUCGCCAAGUUAUGCAAAUCGAGGCUCAUCAUCUAGACACGACCCAAAUUAAUUCAUUAUCUAAUGGCAUCCCUUUAGUGAAAAAGUAUAUUCAAACUUUUAAAGGCUAUUUUUCCUGGUGUGAAAAUUAAAAUUAACUGGUCUGAUUGGCAGUAACACUGACAUUUAGCUACAAAUGUAUGCCUACAGGAGCUACAUUCCUCCUAAUCUUUGCCAUUUUUCAAUACAAUGCUGUAGUCAUAGAGCUCUGUUUUACUAUUGUAUGGCCACUGUAAGUGUCUGAUAAACUGAUUGGUAUGGAAAACUCUACUGUUUAGAAAUUCCUGGCCUCCAAGGCAAGGAAGUAGAAACUAUAAUGUUCUGAGAAGAAAUGUUCAUUGUUCACAUAAAAUGAUUAAGACAUCUACUCUACGCUCAACGGACAGUCAGGAGUUCUCAAAUGUUACAGUCAUAUUCCAUAUUUAACAGAUUUCUUUUAACAUAUGUCAAGGCCUGAAUUAUCUGUAAAAGUCAUGCAACUGUCCAGAGAUAUUCAGAGGAAUUCAGUGUCAAGAUAUCAUGUUUCCUAUGUGUCUUUGUCUUGAAAUAAUAAACUGAGACAUAUUCCCGGUGGUGAAA